AUGGAGGUUCCCAUAGUGAUGGCGAUUUCCGAGCUUUCUCCUCAGGACCUGUCCAACAGAGUGCGGACGAUGACCAACUCCAUGCACCGCAGCACCGCAAUCCUGGAGGUCACAGCACACGCAGCCCGUAGCAGCAUCCAGCAGCUUUCCCCACAAGAUGUGGGCAACACCGCGCAGGCGUUUGGGAAGGUGCUGCCUUUGGACCCGGCGCUCUUGGGCGCCACAGCCAGCUUCGCGCUGGCCGCGCCUCCGCCGCAGAACUCGGCCAACGUGGCGCGGGGCUUCGCCAUGCUGCUGACCAUGGGGCGGCCAGCCAUGGAGAAAGCGGCCAGCGCGGCGAUGCCGCAGUUGUCGGAAUCCAACUCCCAGCACCUGGCGCACAUGUUCUGGGCCUUCGCCAGUGUCGGGCUCAUCCGCCGGCCGCCCUCAGAGGCCCCUGGCGAAGCCACGGCUGCGCGUGUGGCCGAGCUCAAGGCCCAGGAGUCGGCGAACGCGGCGCGGGCCUGCGCCAAGUGCGGCUCCGUGGGCGAGGCGUCGUUGAAGGCGCCCGCCGGCGCCAGCGCAGCCGAGGUGAGCGACCCCGUGCCCCAGGAUUCCGCGAACGUCGCGCGGGCGCUGUGCAAGCCGGCGCCCGUGGGCCUUCCGCUCUUGAGCUUCACGGCGGACUCCGCCUGGGGCAAGCUCCCGGAGCCCAACACGCAGGACCCGGCCAAUGCCGCCCGGGCAGCCGCCAACCUGCUCCGGCGCCAGGGGCCUUUCGUGGCCUCCGCAGCCGCCUGCGCGGAGACCAGGCUCAGCCAGUUCGAUGGCCCGGACUCUUCCAGCAGCGCUUGGUCCAUGGCAUCCCUGGAGCUUCUGCAUGAGGCUUUGCGCCACGCAAUCGGCGAUGAGGUGCUUCGCAAGGUGUCGUCCUUGAGCCCGCAGCAGCUGGGGUCAUUGGCGGAUUUGCGUCUUGGAGCUUGUCAAGAGGCAAUUGAGGAGUGCCUCGAGGCAGCGAUCCUGUAA